AUAUCAAAACACAAAAUUCCUUUUCAUCCUCUCCUCUUCCUCCCGCUCGCUCUGAUACAUAUACUCCGAUCCCCAUCUGUAUUUUCCAAUUCAAUUCAACUCCGAAUCUAAACCCUAAUCUCUCAAUUUUCUUUAGUUUCUCGAGUUUUCUAGCGAAAAUGUCAGGCCGUGGAAAGGGUGGUAAGGGACUCGGAAAGGGAGGUGCUAAGAGGCAUAGGAAGGUUCUCCGCGAUAACAUCCAAGGAAUCACAAAGCCAGCUAUUCGUCGGUUGGCUAGAAGAGGUGGUGUGAAGAGAAUCAGUGGUUUGAUCUAUGAAGAAACCAGAGGAGUUCUUAAGAUCUUCUUGGAAAACGUUAUCCGCGAUGCUGUUACAUAUACUGAGCAUGCGAGGAGGAAGACUGUUACUGCCAUGGAUGUUGUUUAUGCUCUCAAGAGACAGGGAAGAACUUUAUACGGAUUCGGAGGUUGAUGAAGAAGCAUUCAUUUCUUUAUUUUAUUAGCUUUAGCAGUGUAUUUUGAGUGUGGAAAUGUAAAUCUUGAUUCUUGUGAUGUUUAGUUUAAUUGAGAUAUGUAAUACUCCAUGAGACCAAAGCAUACUCAAUUACAUGGAUUGCAAUUUAAAUCAAAUGAAAACCAGUAGUUUUUCUUUA